AUGUUUAAAAUUAUUGCAGUCUUGUGGCUGUUUGUGUCAAACAGUUUGGUGUCAUCCGAAUUUAUUCGUGGAAGUUUAAGUAACUCCUUUGAACCAAACUGGUGGCAAGCAAAUACCAUUUACCAAAUAUACGUGAGAUCAUUCAAAGACAGCGAUGGUGACGGAAUCGGAGAUCUGAACGGUAUAACCGAAAAAGUAUCAUACUUCAAAAGUUUAAAUGUCGGUGCAAUUUGGUUAUCGCCUAUAUUUCUCUCUCCACAAAAUGAUUUCGGUUAUGAUAUAUCGGACUAUGAAGAGAUCGAUCCUGUUUAUGGUACGAUGGAGGACUUUGAACGAUUGAGGGACGAGUUUCAUAAAAACGGUAUAAAAGUUUUGUUGGACUUUGUGCCUAACCAUACAAGUGAUGAACACGAAUGGUUCCAAAAAUCAAUUAUGAGAAUUGAACCCUUUACCAACUAUUAUGUAUGGAAGGAUCCGAUUAUUGACAAAAAUGGCAAUAAGACACCUCCAAGUAACUGGUUAAGUGCAUUCAAUAGCGGAUCUGCUUGGAAAUGGAACGAACAACGACAACAGUAUUAUUUACAUCAAUUCCAAGAAAAACAACCAGACUUGAACUAUAGGAAUCCAUCAGUUAGAGAAGCAAUGAAGAACACACUUUUGUUUUGGUUGGGACGUGAUGUAGAUGGGUUUAAAAUGAAUUCUGUAAAUUUUUUAUUCGAAAGAGAAGAUUUAGCUGACGAACCGAAAUCGAACAAAAUCGGUUAUUUGGACACUGAUUACCAUUCGUUAAAUCAUACGAGCACGGUCGAUCAGCCGGAAGCUUUUAAAAUUGUACAUGAAUGGAGGCAGUUGUUUGAUAGUUACAGGACGAGGGAAAAGAAAACCAAAAUUUUUGUGGUGGAAUGUCACUCGCCUUUGGACAAGGUUCUAUUGUAUUACGGUAAUGCAACGUCACCUGGAGCUCAUUUCCCUUUCAAUUUUUUAUUUAUUGAUACUUUCAACCAACAAUCUGACGCAGCAGCAGUUCAUAGUAUGAUAAAAUACUGGAUGCAAAAUAUUCCUAAUGGAACUUGGCCUAACUGGAUAUUAGGUAACCACGAUAACCCGAGGGUGGCUACUCGGAGCAAUCCAAUGUUAAUAGACGGACUUCAUAUGAUUCAAAAUCUCUUGCCGGGCACUUCAGUGGCGUAUUACGGCGACGAGCUCGGUUUGAUCAACACAAACAUCCGUUGGGAUCAAACCGUCGAUCCAUCAGGUCUUAACGUGGGACCACAUAGGUUUUUGCAAUAUAGCAGAGAUCCUGUACGAACGCCAUUCCCAUGGGACACCUCAAAGAAUGCAGGUUUUUCCAAUUCGUCUAAAUUAUGGCUUCCAAUCAAUCCAGACUAUUGGAAAAAAAAUAUGGCAGAAGAAUCAAAAUGCAAAAGUAAUCUGAAGAUCUACAGACAACUGGCUCAGUUAAGGAAGAGUCCAACAUUUGUUAAAGGCGAUUUGCAUUUAUACACUUUGUCGAAAUGGGUGUUUGGAUUUUCAAGGAGUUUUUAUGAUCAUCCAACAUACAUUAUCGUAGUUAACUUUGGAAGUGAAAUAGAAACAGUUAAUUUGUUAAAAGCUAGAAAUACUUUACCACUUAAUUUGAUAGUGAAGGUUUCUAGUGUUAAUUCUGGAUAUGUAACUGGAAAUCUAGUAAAUGCAGAAUUAGUUUGGUUGAGACCGAAAGCCGCCCUUGUACUCUCAACAUUAAGGACAAGUAUCAAUGAAUAUUCAUCUGAUAAAUAA